AUGUGGGUUCUAGAUUCGACCGGUGAUUUCCUAGAAGGGAAGCGCGUAUGGUUGCGUCCCGGGAAGAAGUAUCUCUUCGGGCGAUUCCAGCGAGAAGGAGUCCGUCAUGCGGUAAACCACAACUCGAUCUCUCGGAAGCAUAUGACAAUCGAGAUCUCCCCAGUCAAACCUAAAGAUGGAUUAUCACUCCGGGCGCGAUCUGAAAUUACAAUCACCGACCUGGCCUCCAAGAAGGGCACCGUGGUGGAUGGAUUGAAAAUUGAAGGAGAACACAAACUCGAGAAGAACGAUGAACAUGUCAUUCAGCUUGCAAAAUAUGAGCAUAGGCUGCGGAUCAAGUGGGAGCCGGUGGUCCUUAGCUUUUCACUUUCUUCCAAGGAAAUGCGAGGGGAAGAUCCUCUAGCCCACGUUCGUUCGCGUCUGGAAGAUCUUGAUGUGAAGACUGUCGUUGACUACAUCGGCGAUCAGACUACCUAUGUGGUGUCAAGCAAAAGAAAUACUGCCAAAGGUCUUCAAGCGCUAGUUAAUGGGAAGUACAUCGUAGAUGAUUCCUUCAUUGACGCCCUUGUCUACGCGGCCACCCCCAACGAUCUCGAAAAUCUGGAGUCUUUGUGUCGUCUGGAAAUCGACUUUGAAUCGGAAUGGCCGGACGCGAGGAAACACCUCCCACCCCCCGGCAAGGAUAAUAUCGAUCGGCCCUCAACGGCCUUUGCCCCGAACCCCGCCCGUCGAACUAUAUUCGACCAAUACACCUUCAUCUUUUGCGACCAAUCACAGUUUGAUAAUCUGCAGGGGCCCAUUAAUAAUGGUCAGGGCAAGGCACUCUUCCUCGAGAUCACAGAGGGGAGUACAACUGCUGUGGACAUUGUCCGCUUUAUGGAGAAGGCAGCAGGUCAGCAGGGCUUAGUCGGUGCUGGGCAACACAGCCCCGGUGGCGUCGUCCUUGUACGUUUUCGUUCCAAAGGCAAGUUCGAGUCUUGGGCUAUAGACAUAGGAAACGAAGUCGCACUGAUGACCGACCAACGUGUAAUUGAGCAACGAGAGUUCCUUGAUGCCAUUCUGGGGAACGAUGCAUCGCCUCUAUGUCGCUCUUUACCAACAGAGGAAGGCUCGAGCCAAGCUCCUGUGUCACCUGGAAUAGUUGCUCAACAAGAUUCUCCGGAAGCUCCUGCCAUUCCCGCACCUGCUUCGCCUGUGGAGCCAGAGCAACCACGCUCAAUGUCUAGAAACAAGUCACCUUCCCGCCCAUACGUCAGCAAGAUGAAGAUUUUCGACGAUGGGUUCGACAUGGAUUCGGUGCCCAUGUACGCGCCAGAAGAGGAGGAGCCUACCGUCGACACUCAAGUCAUGGAUAUCGACACCCAAGCAGCUCCAGAACCAGGGCAGCCUCUAGACACAGUGAAGGAAGAGCCUGAAGAUGAUAUGGUUUCCGAACUGCUCCCCGGCGCUCGUGCAAUGAAGCGUCGCAGGGCUGAGAUGCCACACCACUCGGAAACCAACAUUACAGCCACCGAAGCAGAACCUCCGAAAAGAAAGCGACCCAAGCUUGAUGUGUUAGAAGCAGCACGCAAGCACCGCGAAGAAGAGGAGGAGCAACGAAAGACUGAGCAAGACCUACGCCCCGAUGAAACAGAUGUGGACGUAAAUCAGUUGAGAAACCUGGCUAUUGUGGAGGAGAUGGAGGUUCCCGUUCGAAGUCUACCAUUCGGGCGCGAAGAUGAGAACAUUGACAGAUGGGAUGACAAAUGGAAUGGCCGAAAAAAUUUCAAGAAGUUCCGUCGAAAAGGGGAGUCGGCUGGUCGUUCGCGUAUGCAAGCUGUCAUUGUCCCUCUCGAAGAAGUCACCCGCAAAGAAUAUGGAGUUGGCGAUCACUACUGGAGCGGCAAUAAUCAGCCGGUCGACCUUGUUCACACAGAAAACCAGGAAAAUAUGGAAAAAAGCAAUGAAUUCCCUGCACUGCGAUCUGAAGAACCGGUCGCCACAGUCAACGCCCCGGAGCCUGUCCCAGAACCGGCACCCGCUCGACGCCCAAAGAGGGCUCGCGAGUCCCGUGACUCGGACAGUGACGAUGGAACUCGAUUCCGGUUCAGACGAAAGCGUUAA